AGUUCUCUCCAGACCAGUCAGUACUUAUUCUUUUUUAAGACCAGUUUUGAACGCAGAGAUCUCUCCAACUCAGUCAACACCUGGAGACCACAGAAGAAAUGCCUACUCCCGUGGGAGGUCCUGCCCUGCUGUGGAUGGCAUUGCUGCUGUUCUCUCUGGAUGGUGAGUUAGCAGCCCUCCAGAAAACGGUCAUAUCCUUGAAUCCCCCAUGGAAUAGAAUAUUUAGAGGAGAGAAUGUCACGCUAACAUGCAAGGGGAGGAAGUUCUCUGAAGUCAACUCCACUAAGUGGACUCACAAUGGCACCGUUUUAGAAGUGACUUCAACAACUUUGGACAUCGUGGCUGCCACAGUUAAUGACAGUGGGGAAUACAGAUGUCAGCAUCAAAAACAUAACAAGAGCCCACCUGUGUACCUGGAAAUUUUCAGUGACUGGCUACUCCUUCAGGUCUCUCCUGAGGUGGUGGAGGAGGGUAACGACCUCAUCCUCAGGUGCCAUGCUUGGAAGAACAGGAACCUCUACAAGGUGACCUAUUAUAAGAAUGACAGAGCUCUCGAGUACUGGUAUGAGAACUACAACUUAUCCAUCCCAAAUGCCACAUUGGGAGAUAGUGGUUCCUAUCACUGCACCGGCACCUUUCAGCGUUACAACUUGAAACAUCGCUACCCCUGUGAUGAAUGCUACGCCUCGGAGCCCUUCAGCCUUACUGUAGUAGCAGCUCAGCACAGCAAGAAUACCUGGGUACAACUUCUUAUCCCAUUUUUGGUGUUGAUUCUGUUUGCUGUGGACACAGGGUUACUUAUCUCCACUCAGCAGCAGUUCAUAUUUCUCUUGAAGUUUAAGAGAACCAGGAAAGACAAAAAACCUCUCAACCCACAACCAAAGUCAGAUUCUCCACAGGACUGAUGUCACUGCUCCAGAAACAUUUGCAACUGCGAUUUCUAGCAUCAGCAACUGCUUCACAACUGCCAAACACAGCUUACGCCGUACAUAGAAAAAUAUGUGCUCAGGAUUUACAGAACUGCUUCAUUAACACAAUUGAAACUGGUUAAGUGGCAUGUAAUGGG